CUGCGCGAGGGAGCGCCGCAGUCCAGUUGCGUCACGGAGGACACGUAACGGGACGGACCGGAGACACGGACCGGAGACACGGACCGGAGACACGGACCGGAGGACUCUCGCUCGGUACUCCUGCUCUCAGAAGUUGUAGGUGAGCGUGAGGUCCAGUCCGAUGUGUCCCGGUUCUGUUCCCGUGCCGUGGGCCCGCUGUAGCAGGAGGUCCUCCUCUGCAACGUGACGUCCUGCUCACUGGAGGAACAGGACACCGGCGUUAAGACAAGGACGCUUUGCAAUGCGGCUCCCAGCCCUACAUCAGCAUGUCUCUCUCUCUCCCUCCCUCUCUCUCCCUCCCUCUCUCCCUCUCUCUACCUCUCUCCCUCCCUCCCUCUCUCUCUCUCUCUCUCUCUCUCUCCCUCUCCCUCCCUCUCUCUCUCUCUCUCUCUAGGCCUGCACCUAUUGAUUCCAGAGCCGCGUUGACACAGAAGAGCAAACCCAGACAUGGUGUUCAGAGGCACGAUAGCGAACGCUCCGGACUGCGAUCCCACCGCCGAUGCUGAGAGCCUCUACAGCGCCAUGAAAGGCAUGGGUAGUGACAAAGAGGCCAUCUUGGACCUGGUGACCUCCAGGAGCAACGGCCAGAGGCAGGAAGUCAUCGCAGCGUACAAAUGCAGCUUUGGAAAGGACCUGAUCGAGGAUCUGAAGUAUGAGCUGACGGGCAAAUUUGAGCAUCUCAUCGUCAGUCUGAUGAGAAGCUCGGCCUACCAUGACGCCAAGGAGGUCCACGACGCAGUCAAAGGAGUCGGAACCAACGAGAGAUGCCUCAUUGAAAUCAUGGCCUCCAGAACCAACAGGCAGAUGAAUGAGAUGGUGGCAGCGUACAUGGACGCCUACGGCAGCGACAUCGAGGAGGACAUCACCGCGGACACCUCGGGACACUUCAAGAAGAUGCUGAUCGUUUUACUUCAGGGAACCCGCGAUGAGUCCGGAGUGGUGGACGCAGAUCUGGUGCAGCAGGACGCACAAGAUCUCUAUGCAGCCGGAGAGGAGCAGUGGGGCACCGACGAGGCCAAGUUCAUCAUGAUCCUGGGAAACCGCAGCGUGGCCCACCUGUGCCUGGUUUUCGACGCCUUCGAGAAGAUUGCCGAGAUGCCCGUGGAGGACAGCAUCAAGAACGAGCUGUCGGGCGACUUCGAGAGGCUGAUGCUGGCUGUCGUCCAGUGCAUCAGGAGCGUCCCCAUGUUCUUCGCCAAGCGCCUUUACAAGUCAAUGAAGGGUCUCGGCACAGCCGACAACUCCCUGAUCAGGAUCAUGAUUUCCCGCUCCGAGAUCGACAUGUUGGACAUCCGGGAGUGUUUCCGUCUCUUGUACGAGAAGUCGCUUUAUAACAUGAUUAAGGAUGACACGUCAGGGGAUUACAAGAGGACGCUGCUGAACCUGUGUGGAGGAGACGACGACUUAGCUGGAGAGUUCUUCCCUGAAGCUGCUCAGAUAGCCUACAAGAUGUGGGAAAUAAGUGCCAUGACCAAAGUCCAGCUGAGGCCGACCAUCCGCCCGGCGCCCGGCGUCGACCCCGCCGCCGAUGCACAGGCGCUGAGGAAGGCCAUGAAGGGGUUCGGAACCGACGAAGACGCAAUCAUCGACAUCGUUGCUCAGAGAAGCAACGCUCAGAGGCAAGAGAUCCGACAGGUCUUCAAAUCCCUCCUGGGGCGGGACCUGAUGAAGGACCUGAAGUCCGAGCUGUCAAAGAACUUGGAGCGGCUGGUGAUCGGGCUCAUGCUGACUCCGGCAGAGUUUGAUGCCAAAAUGAUGAAGAAGGCCAUCGAGGGGGUGGGGACGGAUGAACACGCUCUGAUUGAGAUCCUGGUCACCAGGAGCAACGAGGAGAUACUGGCCAUGAACGCUGCUUAUAAGGACGGCUACAAGAAGUCUCUGGAGGAAGCCAUCAGCUCCGACACGUCGGGCCUCUUCUGCCGCAUCCUGGUGUCUCUGGUGCAGGGAGCACGAGAAGACGGCCCCGCGGACGAGGAGCGAGCCGCGGCCGACGCUCAGGAACUGGCUGAGGCGUGCAACGCCGACUCCGACGACAUGGAGAUGAAGUUCAUGAGCGUCCUCUGCACCCGGAGCUUCCCCCACCUCAGGAAAGUAUUCCAGGAGUUUGUCAGGUACUCCAACAAGGACAUCGAACAGAUCAUCAAGAAGGAAAUGUCCGGAGACGUCAAGAAUGCCUUUCACGCCAUCGUCCGCAGUGUGAAGAACCAGCCUUCUUAUUUCGCAGACCGUCUUUACAAAGCCAUGAAGGGCCUGGGGACGGACGACAGGGCGCUGAUCCGCAUCAUGGUGUCCCGGAGCGAGCGCGACCUCUUCAACAUCCGCAAAGAGUUCAAGGAGACGCACGACGCCUCGCUCCACGAGUUCAUCCAGGGCGACACCUCCGGAGACUACCGUAAGACGCUGCUGCUGCUCUGCGGAGGAGAAGACUAGACUCCUCACGCCUCUGAAGCUCCGCCCACACACCAGUCGAGCCUGGUCGCCGUGGUUACCGUCCGGUUGUCCGCGCCCUGCAUCUCCGAAGCCAAAUCAAGUGACCUCUGACCUUCCGGCCCUCCGAGCCAGUUUCUUGCCCUCGCGUCCGAUCGUCCCGUCGGGAUGAUAUGUUUUCUUUCUUUUUUUACAGAUCAUAUGCAACAUUAAGAUGUUCACGUCGCUGUAAAAAGGUGUUUCAUCAUAUCGGAAACGAACAAAUGGAAUUGUGCCUUCAGAUUACUGUGACUUUAAGACUUUAAGACUUUAAGACUUUACGGUAUCACGUAGAAUAAAAAGGAAUAAAAACACAAA